CAUAACAACAACAACAACACUAACAACAAUAGUGGUUGGCUAUUGUAUACCAAUCAUACAGCUACCGGUGCUGGUGUCGGUGGUAGUGGUGGUAAUCAUCUUAUUGAUGGUGAUAAUCAAUUAGCACAUAAUUCCAUAUAUAAUAUACACAGUUAUGUUGUUUGCUAUAAUCGCUCUCAUCUAACGUUUUCAUCGCUACAACAGCUAAGCCUUCAGAUAUGUAUGACAGCAUCGAUACUCAGUUUCAUAAUACAGCUGUCGGUCUACGGGUUUGUACCGAAACUGCAGAGCCUUCCCGGCAAAUGUCUGAUGUCGUUAUCAUUGUCUUUAUUGGUGACCAAUUUAUUUCUCAUACUAUCCUAUCAUACGGAAACAUCGCGCGACAAUCUAUGGUGUAUUGUUGUCGGCAUCGGUCGACACUAUUUCAUAUUAGUAGCAUUUUGCUGGAUGUCGGUACUGGCCUUUGAUACCCAUUGGACGUUUCAUCAGCCAAACCGAAACCAACUGUCCACAACAGUUAAAGGUUACCACAAGAGGACCUCACUGUUCAUCAAAUACUCGGUCUACUCGUGGCUGACACCGGCCAUAAUCGUGGGCAUUGCAAUCGGCGCCGACUAUACCGUAGCCGGCGAUUCGGCACUCAAACCCCUAUACGGCCAACUAGUUUGCGGAUUAUCACAGUUUUUUGCAAUACUAAUGUGGUCGACCAUACCCUGCUGUCUGAUAAUGUUUGUCAACAUUAUACUGUUUGCCAAAACCCUACAAAAGCUGAACCGUAUUACCGGUGAGACCGAACUGGCCAACAAAGCGACAUUCAGGGAACGAUUUAUGUGGUGUUUUAAACUAUCGAUAUUGUUGGGCAUUGCCUGGGUCAUUUAUUUUAUAUCGAGUUUUAUAUGCGAAAUCUGGUUCCAGUAUUUUGCCCAACUAUUCCUGGCCUGUCAGGGCCUGUUCAUACUGGCCAUAACAACGCUCAAAAAAUCUGUAUACGAGUCCCUCAAGCGUCGGGUGUUUUAUCUGAGAAAUCGCGGUAUUCAUAGACAACAGUCAAGUAAACGAUCAUUUCAGGCGUCGGCGUCCAUCAAAACGCUACCCGUUUUCUAGUUCAGGGGUUGAUAUUAGACCCCUCCAGUCAACCCACCCAUCCGGGUGGGUGAGGGUUGGAUUAGGGGUAUUUCCCUAAUAUCGAUUGGGUUAGGACAGGGACAGACAGACA